GAGAACCUCAGACUAUAUAUGCACUUCAUCCUUAGAGAUUUCAGUUGGGGACUUGAUAGUUCAGCCUUAAAGUUCUGCACUGACUGAGGAAUACUGUACACUACUGGCAUCAUGGGUUUGUUAAGAGUUGAAGAACUGGUCACUGGCAAUUCCAGUGAAGCGAAAGAAAAUGCAGACAGCCUACAGGAAGAGUUCAGAGGAGGAGAAUACGAAUGUGUGAUGACAAAAGAGAAACACGAUGACCUGAAAACUCACAGGACACUCCAGCCGUUGAAUUUACACAACUCCUUUGGGAAAGAGAAUAAAGAAAACAUAAAGGACAAUAAACACAAAGAAGUUAUACUGGCACCUAAGCUAGAGACUCUGGAAGAUCUUCAAAGAAUUGUGAAGUUAAAGAAACAGAAGAGGGUGAAGAAGACAAGAGCUCAGCAACAAGAACCAGUGCUGGAAAUCAUACCUGAAACCAUUGAUGUGCCCACAUUUUUAAAAGCUGCUGUUGAGAAUAAGUUGCCAAUUAUUGAAAAAUACCUUGCCGAAGGUGGAGAUUCAAAUGCAUCUGAUCAGUUUCAGAGGACAGCAUUGCAUAGAGCAAGUUCAGAAGGACACAUUGAGAUAGUCAAGAGAUUAUUAGAGGCUGGAGCCCUGAUUGACCAUAAAGACGAGCUUCAGAAUGAUGCCAUCCAUUGGGCUUGCCGAGGUGGAAGCCUUCCAGUGCUGGAGCUACUACUGAAUAAGGGUGGCAAAGUGAAUGCCAGAGAUAAGUUGAACAGUACUCCUCUACAUGUUGCAGUCAGAACUGGUCAUCAAGAAUGUGCUGAACAUCUCAUUGCCUGUGGAGCAGAUAUUAAUGCAAGAGAUUUGGAAGGUGAUACUCCACUACAUGACGCCAUCAGGUUGAACCGAUUCAAGCUGAUCAGACUCUUACUCAUUUAUGGAGCUAAUAUGAAUAUAAAGAACAGUGAUGGCAAAUCCCCAAUUGAAAGUGUACUGGUGUGGCAGAGCGGAACUAAAAACAUUCUGGAAGGGUUUGAAUCAACAAAGCUUCCAAAUUAAGCUUGGAAUGGACUCCCCUUUUCAAAAACCUCAACAGUUGUUGCACAACUGACUGAACAAAGCACAGCAUGAAUUGGGAAGAAGCAUAACUAUAUUUUUGCUGAUAUGGACUUUAAAACCUACCUUUUAAAUAUGUUGUAUAUUUAUUUGUCAGGUUAUAUUUAACACAAAAUGUCAUUGCAGAUACAGUUGUCGUGGACCGACUGUGCACUGGUAGGCGUUUUGCCGGACACGGAGUUAUGUGACAGCAAUACAGAAAAUGAUUUUGAGAUGAAUGACGCAGGGAAGUUAAGUAAAUGAAGGCAGUAAGAAAUGGUUCUACUGCAGGAGUUUUGCUGAGGGAAUCUGCUGAUGGUGAAUACAGAAUGAAGGCUACAGUUAACUAAUAAUGAUAUUUUCAAGCUGACCUUACUAAAGUGGAAGAUGAAGUAGUUAAUCAUAUAGUACUAAGUCAACAGUCUAUGCACACUAGACUUUGGAUUUAAUUGCCAACUUGUGAAUUGAAAUGUAACAAGUGCAUGUGAGAGAUCCACGUUCUAGAUAAAAAGGUGGGCUGACACUGGAUGUAAUUAUUGGAGGAGUAGAUGUCAUUGUCAAGUGAUGCUUGAUAAAGAGUACAGGGCCCUGAGGUUGCAAUGCACUUACUGUACUUAAUGACACUUUUUUAUACAUUUUAUUUAAAAGUGAUAUGUACAUUUUGAAAGUAUUUAAAUUGAUCAUGUUAUAUGAAAAUAUAUAAAUUGCAUUAACAAAUGUUACAAUUAUAUCAGUUUGCCUGGUAAGCAAUGAAAGUAUUGUAAACAUAAAAAUGCAGUAAAUAGUUUGUCAACAAUACCAUAUAUUAUAUAU